CUCAUUUGACCUCCUCCAAUAUCGCAACGGACCGGCUGGUUUAAAAAGUAUUUACGUCUGCUCAGGUGAUGGAAGAAUCUAUGGGACUUCCUUUCCUUCUCCUUAAGCUUCCUCCGCCAACACAUGAUAUCAUCUUACACCACUCACGGAGAAUCGUCAGUUGGUUCCCCCAAAUCACCGCAGAAAACAAGACUAUUGAGGAAGAUACUAGGAGUUACAUGUGCCUCAUGACUCUUCAGUGCAAAUAUAAGUACUCCUCUGAUAUAAAAGAUGGUUUAAACCAGCUCCAUCUUACUUCAACGAACAAUCACUAUCGAGAUGAAAUCACUAAUCGGAGGCAAUGGAAUGAUCCUGCUCUCAUUCGUUUCUAGCGGCGCACUCGCAGCAUUCCCCGACUGUGCCAAUGGCCCACUCGCGAAGAACCUAGUGUGCAACACCUCCGCAAACUUUAUUGACCGAGCUAAGGCACUGGUGGCAGAAUUUACUGUCGCAGAGAUGAUCAACAACACUGGAUACGACACACCCGGUGUACCUCGUCUCGGACUUCCUCCUUAUGCUUGGUGGAGUGAAGCUCUGCAUGGUGUAGCAAGCAGUCCGGGUGUUACUUUUGCCCCACCAGGAAACAAUUUCAGCUUCGCUACGUCCUUCCCUGCGCCAAUACUUACGAGCGCAGCUUUCGACGAUCAGCUUGUCAAUGAUAUAGCGACCGUCAUCAGUACGGAGGCGCGUGCCUUCAACAACUUCGGCGAUGCUGGCUUAUCAUUCUUCACACCCAACAUCAACCCGUUCAAAGAUCCUAGAUGGGGUCGAGGACAGGAAACACCUGGAGAAGACCCAUUCCACAUCGGAAGAUACGCGUACAGCCUAGUGACCGGACUUCAAGGGGGCCUUGGGUCGCAGCUCGAUGGUGCCGAACAGAAGUAUCUGAAGAUCAUUGCAGACUGUAAACAUUACGCUGCAUAUGACAUGGAGGACUGGGAAGGAAACAAUCGAAUGGCGUUCGAUGCUAUCGUAUCCACGCAAGAUCUAGCAGAGUUCUACUCUCCAAGCUUCCAAAGUUGUGUUCGAGAUGCACAAGUCGCAUCAAUCAUGUGCAGCUACAAUUCGGUCAAUGGGAUCCCAUCUUGUGCAUCGGAGUACCUGAUGCAGAAUAUCACCCGUGAUCACUUCGGUCUCGGAGAGAAUCAGUGGAUUACGUCUGAUUGUGAUGCAGUCGGAAAUAUAUUCGAUCCGCACAAUUACACCGACACGCUAGCGAAUGCGAGUGCAGUAGCGUUACAUGCUGGAACGGAUAUUGAUUGUGGGACGACGUAUUCCAGCAGCUUGCAAUCCGCACUAAACGAGGGACUGGUCAAGGAGUCGGAUAUUGUGCAAGCUAUGGUAAGACGGUAUGGAUCGCUCGUUCGGCUCGGAUACUUUGACUCCCCCGAGGUUCAGCCCUAUCGACAACUGAAUUGGAACGAUGUAAAUACUCCUGCCGCCCAAAACCUGGCUUAUACUGCAGCCAUUGAGGGCAUCACCCUUUUGAAAAAUGACGGGACCCUCCCUCUGAGCUCGUCUAUCAUUAGUGUUGCUCUAAUUGGUCCCUGGGCCAAUGCUACUACCCAAAUGCAAUCCAACUACAACGGUGUAGCACCGUUCCUCAUCAGCCCCCUUGAUGCAUUCCGGACUGCAGGGUUCAAUGUAACCUUUGCUAGUGGUACAACGAUAAGUGGAACAGACACGAGCGGUUUUAGUGCUGCUCUAGCUGCUGCUCACUCUGCUGAUCUUGUUGUAUUUGUCGGAGGGAUCGACGAUACAAUUGAGGCCGAACAGAUGGACAGGUUGGAAAUCAGCUGGCCGGGGAAUCAGCUGCAGUUGAUUGGGGAACUGGCUUCAGUUGGAAAACCCUUUGUGGUUUUACAGAUGGGCGGAGGACAGGUUGAUAGUAGCGAUAUCAAAACAAAUGAAUCUAUCAACGCUUUGCUGUGGGGCGGAUAUCCUGGCCAAAGUGGGGGAGCUGCACUUGUCGACAUUCUUACAGGAAAACAAGCCCCUGCUGGCCGCUUGCCUACUACCCAAUACCCAGCAAACUAUGUUAACGAGGUUCCUAUGACAGAUAUGACACUGCGCCCUUCCUCCACCAAUCCUGGACGAACAUAUAAAUGGUAUACUGGCGAGGCGGUAUUCCCAUUUGGUUUUGGUUUACACUAUACCAACUUUUCAUUGGAAUGGUCAGAGCCACCCAAAAGAAGUUAUAACAUUCAAAGCUUGAUGUCUGCGGCCAAGUCGGGAGGUGCUCCCGUCGAUUUGGCAUUACUCGAUACUCCCUUCGAGCUGACCGUUAGAAACACUGGCUCUAUAACAUCUGAUUACAGCGCCUUGCUGUUUUCAAACACAACUGCGGGACCGACGCCUGCUCCUUUGAAGCAGCUCGUUGGGUACACCCGUGUCAAGAGCAUCGCAGCGGGUCAAAGUGCAACGGCGCACCUGAACGUGACGUUAGGAAGUUUGGCAAGAGUGGAAGAGGAUGGGGACAGCGCGUUAUAUCCUGGUACGUAUAAUGUAUGGGUUGAUACCGAUCUCAAUGGGCUUGGGGUGGCAGCGACAAGCUUCGAGUUAGUGGGAAGCCGAGAAGUAAUUACUGAGUGGCCUCAGCCUUGAAGAAAAGUAGACUAUCCUUAGAUUCAGAGUGUGUACAUAUUCCAUUAUCAAGGUCCACGAUGUAAAUGUUACAUACCCCUCUACUGAUGAUUCUCAU